AUGGAAGUUACCGCCAACGAGCUGAAGAAUGUACUCAACAGGGUUGUCUCCAAACAUAAGGACCUGAACACAGAGGGUUUUAGCCUGGAGUGCUGCAGGAGCAUGAUUGCACUCGUGACAUGGACGGGGACGGGCAGACUCAGCCUGCAAGAGUUCAGACAUCUCUGGAACAAGAUCAAGCAGUGGCAGGGGAUCUUUAGACACUACAGCUCGGACCAGGCUGGUAUCAUCAACAGCUACGAGAUGAGAAAUGCCAUCAACGAUGCAGGCUUCCGUCUCAACAACCAGCUGUAUGACAUCAUCACCAUGCGUUACGCCAAUGAGGGUAUGAACAUCGACUUUGACAGCUUCAUCAGCUGCCUGGUCCGGCUCGAAGCCAUGUUCAGGGCAUUCCAGGCUUUUGAUCAGGAUGGUACAAUCAGACUUAGUGUCUUGGAGUGGCUCCAGCUGACCAUGUAUGCCUAGAUUGCCAGACAGGUGUUCUCAGCCAGAUGUCCUCCCAGGUGAGACCCAUCCCACAUGAAGAACAGAGCAGAACUUUAUGACCAGAAUGUACCUCAAUAUUGACCGUACCAAAACGUAGCCCUAACCCUGCCCGUACCACCAGCUCCUACACCUCACUUCAAUCCUCAGUCAUCACAUUAGACUGCUACCAACCAGUCCAGUCCUCACAUUAGGCUGCUACCUACCAGUC